UGGCAUGCUGGCCAGUUGGAUCAGAUCACUAUGAUUGCACACGUUCAGCCACAAGACACCAUGACCAGCGCAGAAACCAAGUCCAUUUACAUUCGGGACCUACCUCUCCCUUUGGACACAACGAGCAUGUACUUACAUCUUCCGACGUUUCACCAGCCAAGAAGUGGGCCCGUGCUAGUUGGCAACGGAUCCGGCGUUUACGAUGUCAUAACAUCUUCCGAUAGAUAUCUUGGAUUCAGUCCUAUGUCCGCCGAAAGAGUCCAAGCGGAGAGAUAUGACAAAAGGAAGCACAUCCCAAAAAACACUAAGAAUUAUACCAUCCCGUUUAUGACAACGGAUCCUAUCGAGAGACCAGUUCCUCCUGGAUGGCAAAUUUACACUCAUCCUGAAGGCUGCCUUUAUUACUGUUACGAGAGCUCGGUGAAUUUUCACGGGUAUUCAAGGAAAAUUCGCGUUAUAACACAGGCGGAUCUCGUCCAUGACGGAGUUGCUGAGACAAUCGAGAACCUUGCAAGGCUCGUCUACAGUCAUGCCUGUCAAUAUUCUUCUUUCCCGGUGAAUGUAGACCUCGUGUUGGAACUUAUGGACGUCAGAGAAACCGUUACAGCAGGGUAUUAUUUUGUCCACCACGAGAACAGGUGCCUGUUCUGGUUACAGGACUUUGAUGCCACCGUUAUCUUGCGGGAAUGCUGUGGUGUCACUGAACUUUCUCAUAAGCAAAUCGAGUUGGAGGCUCAGUACUGGAAGCAUAUCGACCUGUUUCCGCACACAAGUGCUCUCCACUGUCAGGUCCUUCGACAAUUGCAGCAGAUCAUCCGUUUUGCGAUAAGUGAUUGCAUGACUUCGGAGGUGUCGGCGGUCUGCGCUUUCAGCAUCGAUGUCCUCAAGAAUACUCUGGACCUCGUCAAAGAUGUGGAUGUGGAGAACGAUUGGGUUCAAUCAGCACAUGACAAAUGUUUCAUCGCGAGGAUGAUGAACCAUUUUAGGCACUGUCAAUACCUCAACUAUCACGGGCAGCAAGGCGCACGCCUCUCCCGAGAUCAGACUGUACAUGGCGACUCCUACGCGGAACGGUCCAUGAUGAUGAGAUGUCUUGCACCCCUACUCUUCAAUGCCCCCUAUGAGCACGUCCGCUCUCUUCACAAACUCUACGUCGACUCCAUAAUUAAUCUGCUCGACUGGCGCUCCUUUGUUCAGAAGCUGAACGUCGAGAUGCAGGACUUCAAUCUGCUUGCGACGGUGCUCUUGAGUGUCAAUGUUGGUUUUCUGGCGAUUCAGACCGUAGAUAAUGGUAGGGGAUAUUCUUUGUCGCAGGUUGCGAGCUAUGUUUCUGUGAUCUCAAGUUUUGGGAGCAUGCUGCUUGGCGUGAAUAUUGCGAGACAGAGCUACACGCAAGGUCCAAACAUGGUUGAUAACGCGCAAGCACGCCUGCAGAGCUUAGUGCACCCCAAGCAUGGCCUCGAGACGCUUGCAAUCAUAUACAGUUUACCGUAUGCUUUACUCAUGUGGGGGAUGAUAUUUUUCGUGCUUGCAUUCUUUACUGAAUGUUUUCGUCACUCGAGUGCGGUCCCCUCGGUCCCUGUGAGUGUGGCGGCGCUUAUUGUGCUGGUGCUUGUCGGAUGGUCUUGUUACACGUUGGGAGACAGGGUGGAGCGUGGGCACUUGUCUGGAAGCGUGUUUACUGCAGUACAGUGGAUCAAGGAUCUACCCAGAUGGAUGGUGCGCUCAGUUUCCGCUCAUACGCCUUGGUGCGUUAGUGAAGCCGAAUGACAAAGAAUCAGCUGGGAGUGUUUUGAGUUAUGGUGGGAAAUUAUAAAAACCCCGCUGGACAUUGCCUGGACCGUCGAACUAGUGACACUGUCGGUUUA